CUUUUGUGCUUCUUCUUCAUUCAUUAUUUCUGCUCAUCUCACAUUACAUAAUAAUGGUUUCAAAGAUGAGUUUGAAGAGGAAAUAUCAGGACUGCUGCUGUAGCAGAGGACACGAAUCCUCUGUUAAUUCUAUGGAUGAGCUUAAUCAAGAUCUGCUUGAAACAGUUCUUUCUUGGUUACCCACAUCUUCAUUCUGCCGCCUCACCUCCGUGAACAAGCGGUGGAAGUCAGUGGCAGAAUCUCCUACUUUCCGCCUAGCCUGCUCCGAGGUCCCUUCUCGGGAUCCUUGGUUUUACAUGGUUGAUUCUCAAUCUCUCUGUUUUCCCGGCAGCCAGUCGGUGGUGUACGAUUCAUCGGAGGAGAACUGGAAGUUUCUCGAAGUUCCUUCUUUUCUCCGAAGGGAGGAAGGGGGCGAGGAUUCUUGCUCCGAUUUCGCGCCGGUCGCUUCCUCCGGUGGACUUCUCUGCUUCCAUAGCAAAUCGGAUGGUUUCGUGGUUUCGAAUCCGGUCACCGGGCUGUAUCGCAGGAUAGCCUCUCCAGAUUCCGCUACCGAGCAAUUCCCUCUCCAGGCCAUCGCAAUGGCUUCUGCUCGGAAUUCGUACAAACUGGUUUUAGUCUCCGGUGAUAUGCCGGACCUCUGUUUUCAAAUUUACGAUUCCGGUAGAAAUGAAUGGGAAGAUAAAACAUUUCUCAGACGGAAAGGCGGCGAUGAUGCCCGGAAUUCUAACUACGUUGAUGAUCCUGAGGAAUACCCAUUGUAUUUCUUGAGCAAAUACGGCGACUUAGUGAUAUCAGAGCUUCAGAGGAGCCCCUGCAAGCAGUACUCGUCGGUGAUGUCUUCAAAAUCCGGCACAGAAACCGUCUACUUCCUCAGCCCCUCUGGGACGGUGGUGGCUUGCAACCUCACCGGAAAGUGGUUCAUCGAGUACCCGAGGCUUCUGCCUCUCCACCACGACUACUCAAUCGACCUAGUGGAGUGCGCCGGAGAUGUGUUCGCCGUCGUGCUUUCGGAGUAUCUGGAGAGUGCAAGCCUCAGAGUGUGGAGAUUCAACCAUGAGAAUUCGUCGGAGUGGGAGCAGGUUUCGGCGAUGCCGCCGGCGAUAUCGCAUGAGUUUUACGGGAAGACGGUUGACAUCAAUUGCACUGGCGCCGGUCGCCGAAUUUUUGUCUGCGCUUCGUGUCCGGAGUUUUGCAGAUACUUUAUCUGCAAUUUGGAAGGAAAUGAAUGGGUUGAAAUGCAAAACGAAGGGAAUGAAUUUAGCUGUGCGUUUUCAUUUGAACCCAGAAUUGAAGCUUUAACUUGAAGAAACCCGGAAGGAUCACAACAAGGAAAAUCAAAUAAUCGCAUUUGAUUUGAAAGGAUCAUCCUUUCAAUCAUAGCAAGAUCAGCCUCUUCUGUUUCUUUUUAAAUAUUUUUUGUGCCCGGUUUCAAUUUGUUUUAUACGUAGUAGACUAGUAGUAGUACAUUAAUGCAACUAACUUCAGUUUCUUUUUCCAGAAUUCAGGGUUUUAUUUUCUUUUUACUUGUAGAAUAACAAACAAGAUUUGAUUGAUGUAGAAAUUGAUGUGUGGGGCGAUUUGUUUUUUAAGACAUUUUAAGCAAGUGAUCGAUGAUGUCCAUUAUGCGGUAGAGGUUGUAGAGCCAAAUUAGCUAUAAAUAACAACUUUCAU